AGGUGUGAUCCAGUCCACCCGGAACUCCCUGGAGCCCUGGAGCAAGCAGAUCCUGCACGUCUGGUCCACCUCCAGUCACGUGACCAACAUCCUCACCCAGGCCUACGAACACAUCGACCAGGACAUCAAAGCCAACACCGUUGUCAUGGUGACCACAGCGGCCGACGCCCAUUACAUCUUCAACAACGGUUGAGACUUUAUAAUAAGUAGAUUUCGAUGAUGUAAUCAGCUGUAAGGUUACUCUUCCUCCCCAAAGAGUGACCACUUUUCCACCGACUGCCGUAUGAGAGGUUUAUAUAAAUAUUCCUCGAGUCGGAGGAAUUUGUAUGGAGAUUCUUCUCCGCCUUUGUGCUGUGGGACGUUGCAUGGGCCUACAUGUACCGCUCUCAGCGCGGACUCACCCUGACAGGCUUGGUCGAAGCCCGCCUCCUAAAUGAUCUACCUUGUGUCGAUGAGGAUGUAGAACACCUGCAUUGAAAAAGAAACUCGUGUUCUGCUAACGGAGGCUCUACACAGGAAAUGAGCCCAUUUGCUGCCACAAAUAGGCCACCAUUGAGCCUUUUUACAGUGCAUCUUAUGUUCUCAGUGGCUUUUUGGCCAUCCGCGGCUGUACAAAUCUCAGCUCAGAGCCACCAGGAAUCGGCUCCACAUAUCUGGCGGAAGUAGAAGACUCUUGGUGAUAGCGUCGUAGUCCCAGCCUCUUGCUUCCAACGACUUAGAUGUCUACGCCUGUCAGACAAAUUUGAUUUUUAGUAAAGAGAAGCACACCGGUACAAUCACGGGCAUAUUGAGCUGGGGAAAAAAGCAAGACGGAUAGACCGAAACAAAAAAGCUGGGAAGCAAACAAAAAGACCUAUGAGUGGGGUUCUCCAACUACCUGUGACAGAGGAAUGCAAGAACAAAAUAUAUGUACUUUUAUGAUGUGUCACGCCACUCACCACUGACGUCCCAAUGGCGAAGACAUACCACUCACUACCUCACGCAAACAGAAACUGAGUCAUGCGAUCAAAAAGUCUCUGUUUUUUGCCGUUAGCAAAAGCCAAUAGACAACCCAGUUGUCAAUAAAAGGUUGUAACAAACUAAGCUUCAUGAUCAAAACGUCCCUGAUAAAAAAUGAGUCAUGUCCAAGCGAAUUUUUUUAAUGAGUUUUUCAUCCUCGGAAGCUCAAAAAUCCCCACUCAAGCUGGGAUGAAGAUCUUACAGAGACCCCACCCUGACAUAGGAGACUGAACUUAGAACAGCAAUCAUGUAUGAAGCAAUGUAAACAACCGCUAGGGAGAACAAUAUACGGGUUAAGUUAGAGGAUUAUUCAUUGAUUUAUACCUCAUUAUUAGUAUCAGCACAGUUACAAUAAUAUCGUCAGCUCAAAUAUAUGUAAAACUAUUGCACAGGUAUUAUAAUAUUAUUAUUUUAUUAAAAUUUGUUUCCAAAUACAUGUACACAUUUUGAUACAUUUUUACUAUAAUUUUACACUUCUUUUAAAGGUACAAUCGAUUAACACACGCUGAGAUUAACUGGAACCGAUACAAUAACGGGCAUGUAGUGCAGGGGGGGGGGAGCAAGACGGAUAGACAGAAACAACAGAGGGAAAGAAAUCUAAAAGACCUAUCAGUGGGGUUCUCCAACCACCUGCGACAGAGGAAUGCAAGAACGUGGUACAUCAUGUAGUUUUAUGUGUCACGCCUCUAACCACUGACGUCAUCGCGGGGAAGACCGACCACCUCACGCAGAGAGAAACAAAGUCAUAGUAUUAUACGAUCAAAAAGGCCUUGUCUUUUGCCGCUUGAAAAAAGCAACAGACAACCCAGUUGUUAAUAAACGGUUGUAACUUACAUAGCUUCAUGAUCAAAACGUCCCUAAUCAAUAGUCAAACAAUUACAGAAAUGAGUCAUGUCCAAGCGAAAUUUUUUUCUGAGUUUUUCAUCCUCGCAAGCUCAAAAAUCCUCACUCAAGCUAGGAUGAAGAUCUUACUGAGACCCCACCCUGACAUUGGAGACUUAGCUUAGAAUGCAUGUAGCAAUCGUGUAUGAAGCAAUGUAAACAACCGCUAGGGAGAACAAUUUAUACGGGUUAAGUUAAAGGAUUAUCCAUUGAUAUGUACCUCAUUAUUAGUAUAAACACAGUUGCAAUAAUAUAAAUUAUCAGCUCAAAAUUACAUGUAUAACGUAAUUUUGUACAGGAAUUGUAUUAUAUAAAAAUUUGAUCUCAAAUACAUGUACACAUUUUGAUACAUUUUUGAUCAAUUUUUACCCUUCUUUUAAAGGUACGAUCGAUUAAACACACACUGAGAUUAACUAGAA